AGAAACACUUGGUUUCAUGUAUGACUCAUAAGCUGAAGCACAGACACCACUUCCCCAAUCUACAGGAGCCAUUUUAACAGCUAAAACUUGUCGGAUUGCUUUUUAUUUUCAAGCUCAAAAGACGAUAGAGAAAGAAUACUUGAAGGCCAAGAAGCUUGAGAGAAGAAAAAUUUCAGAAAAAAUUGUCUCAAUUUGACUAGAAUAUCAAUGAACCAGGAAAACUGAAGCACCCUCCCUAAAGAAAACUUGGGUAUAUAAUUACUCCACAGACAGAGCUGAGGGUUUUUUACCCAAAUCAGUCACUGGAUUUUGCUGCCUGAUACAUGAAUCUGUUUGGAGUUUUUCUCAUGUGGAUCUAAGGGGAAUGCUUUAUUAUGGCUGCUGUUGUCCAACAGAACGACCUAGUAUUUGAAUUUGCUAGUAACGUCAUGGAGGAUGAACGACAGCUUGGUGAUCCAGCUAUUUUUCCUGCCGUAAUUGUGGAACAUGUUCCUGGUGCUGAUAUUCUCAAUAGUUAUGCCGGUCUAGCCUGUGUGGAAGAGCCCAAUGACAUGAUUACUGAGAGUUCACUGGAUGUUGCUGAAGAAGAAAUCAUAGACGAUGAUGAUGAUGACAUCACCCUUACAGUUGAAGCUUCUUGUCAUGACGGGGAUGAAACAAUUGAAACUAUUGAGGCUGCUGAGGCACUCCUCAAUAUGGAUUCUCCUGGCUCUAUGCUGGAUGAAAAACGAAUAAAUAAUAAUAUAUUUAGUUCACCUGAAGAUGACAUGGUUGUUGCCCCAGUCACCCAUGUGUCCGUCACAUUAGAUGGGAUUCCUGAAGUGAUGGAAACACAGCAGGUGCAAGAAAAAUACACAGACUCACCGGGAGCCUCAUCACCAGAACAGCCUAAGAGGAAAAAAGGAAGAAAAACUAAACCACCACGACCAGAUUCCCCAGCCACUACGCCAAAUAUAUCUGUGAAGAAGAAAAACAAAGAUGGAAAGGGAAACACAAUUUAUCUUUGGGAGUUUUUACUGGCACUGCUCCAGGACAAGGCUACUUGUCCUAAAUACAUCAAGUGGACCCAGCGAGAGAAAGGCAUUUUUAAAUUGGUGGAUUCUAAAGCAGUGUCCAGGUUGUGGGGGAAGCACAAAAACAAACCUGAUAUGAAUUAUGAGACCAUGGGAAGAGCACUCAGGUACUAUUACCAAAGGGGUAUUCUGGCAAAAGUGGAAGGUCAGCGCUUGGUGUAUCAGUUUAAAGAAAUGCCAAAAGAUCUUAUAUAUAUAAAUGAUGAGGAUCCAAGUUCCAGCAUAGAGUCUUCAGAUCCAUCACUAUCUUCAUCAGCCACUUCAAAUAGGAAUCAAACCAGCCGGUCGAGAGUAUCUUCAAGUCCAGGGGUAAAAGGAGGAGCCACUACAGUUCUAAAACCAGGGAAUUCUAAAGCUGCAAAACCCAAAGAUCCUGUGGAAGUUGCACAACCAUCAGAAGUUUUGAGGACAGUGCAGCCCACGCAGUCUCCAUAUCCUACCCAGCUCUUCCGGACUGUUCAUGUAGUACAGCCAGUACAGGCUGUCCCAGAAGGAGAAGCAGCUAGAACCAGUGCCGUGCAGGAUGAAACAUUAAAUUCUUCUGUUCAGAGUAUUAGGACUAUACAGGCUCCAACCCAAGUUCCAGUGGUUGUGUCUCCUAGGAAUCAGCAGUUGCAUACAGUAACACUCCAAACAGUGCCACUCACAACAGUUAUAGCCAGCACAGAUCCAUCAGCAGGUACUGGAUCUCAGAAGUUUAUUUUACAAGCCAUUCCAUCAUCACAGCCCAUGACAGUACUGAAAGAAAAUGUCAUGCUGCAGUCACAAAAGGCGGGCUCUCCUCCUUCAAUUGUCUUGGGUCCUGCCCAGGUUCAGCAGGUCCUUACUAGCAAUGUUCAGACCAUUUGCAAUGGAACCGUCAGUGUGGCUUCCUCUCCAUCCUUCAGUGCUACUGCACCUAUGGUGACCUUUUCUCCUCGCAGUUCACAGCUGGUUGCUCACCCACCUGGCACUGUAAUCACUUCAGUUAUCAAAACUCAAGAAACAAAAACUCUUACACAGGAAGUAGAGAAAAAGGAAUCUGAAGAUCAUUUGAAAGAGAACACUGAGAAAACGGAGCAGCAGCCACAGCCUUAUGUGAUGGUAGUGUCCAGUUCCAAUGGAUUUACUUCUCAGGUAGCUAUGAAACAAAACGAACUGCUGGAACCCAACUCUUUUUAGUUAAUAUACCAAAGCUUAUGAAUAAUUGUUUGUUAAUUGAACAUUUUCAAUUAUAUGCAAACUGAUUGAUUCUAAGGUAAAUUCUAAGGAGGUUUCUAAUUUUGUAAUUGUUAAAAAUAGAGUUAAUUUUGACUUUGUUAGAUGAGGGAGGAAAACUCAACUCUUUCUCUUUGUUAUCUAAAUGUUUCAGAAUUCAAUCGUGAAGGAACAGGCAUUUUACACUAUGAAGACAUUCUUUUGAGAUUUUUUUUUUUCAGUUGCUAUAUCAUAAGCAUUUUUAAAGUUUCUUUUCUAAUUUUACAUUGUAUUAGAUUUUCUGAUUCUUUUGUAAAUACAGAACUUAAAUAGAAGGCAACAGGAAAUUUAUAUAGGAACGAUUUUCAUUCCACUUGUAUAAGUUAAGUCUUGACUCUUUCAAAUGCAAAAAACCUAUUUUAUGCUUUGUUAAAAUUAUGGUGUCACUUAGAUUGACUUUAGUUGGCUGCACUAUAUAAUACAGAACUAUGAAUAUGUAGAAUAACAUGAAAAAUUUGAGGUGCUGGUGGUAUGGCUGACCCUGUUUCAGAAGCAGGAUAGUAUAAAAGCAUCGGCCUAAGAAUGGCACUCCCACUAACUAGCUAUGUAAUCUUGACCUCUUUGGGCUUUAGUUCUUAUAAAAGGAAGAGAUGUAUUGGACUAGACUAGAUGAUCACCACUUUCUUUUCUAGUUCUAAUUUUUUAAAUUCUAAUAUGUAUAUUUUCAAGUUAUGUUAAUCAAAUCAUUAUCAGGUUAUUUCCUAAUGUAAGAAUAGCUAAAAUGUUGCAGAGAAAUAAGUGACCCAGCAAAAUUUAUUCAUCUAUUAUGGGCCAUAAAUUCUUCCUAAAUAAUUUGUUUACUAACUCUUUAGGCCACUGUGCUUUGCGGUCCGUUAGUAAACUUGUGUUGCUAAGUGCUAAACAGAAUACUGCUAUUUUGAGAGUCAAGACUCUUUCUUAAGGGCCAAGAAAGCAACUUGAGCCUUGGGCUAAUCUGGCUGAGUAGUCAGUUAUAAAAGCAUAAUUGCUUUAUAUUUUGGAUCUUUUUUAUUGGGGGUGGACUUGGGAGGGUUGCAUACAAAGAUAACAUAUAUAUCCAAGUUUCUGAAAUGAAAUGUUUUUAGAUUACUUUUUCAACUGUAAAUAAUGUACAUUUAAUGUCACAAGAAAAAAUGUCUUCUGCAAAUUUUCUAGUAUAACAGAAAUUUUUGUAGAUGAAAAAAAUCAUUAUGUUUAGAGGUCUAAUGUUAUGUUUUCAUAUUACAGAGUGAAUUUGUAUUUAAACAAAAAUUUAAAUUUUGGAAUCCUCUAAACAUUUUUGUAUCUUUAAUUGGUUUAUUAUUAAAUAAAUCAUAUAAAAAUUCU